AUAUCAUGAUGGCGCUCACAAAAAUACCGUUCAGUAAACAUUGGUAAAUUUUGUUCCAACAGAAGGUGUUAAUUUCUGUUGUUUCCAUGAUCAUGACAAUAGCAGUAACUGUUUCUCGUGUAAAGAAAUUAGAAUGAAUUUUGAGCUUGGAUUUUUCUUGGUUGUAUUUAUUCUGUUGGCUGUGGUGACAGAAAGUGCGGUAACUGAAAAGAAACGAAAAAAACUGUAUAUAUCUUUUCCAAAGGGAGCUACACUUUCGGUACAAAUAUGUUUGACUUACCAGAUGGGUGUCACUCCAGGAUCUAUUUUUACAGAAGCUGUGAAUUGGGGUAUAAACUACCCUCUAGAAAUAAAAGAAGAAAUGAAAAUGGACAUGGAACAAACCCCUGAAGAAAAGUUACUUAGGAGAGAGAAACGUGGUUUGUUUAGCAGAAUGGAAAAAUUGUUUUAUCACAUGGGCUACCAUGGUAGAGACUGUAUUUUGAGAGCCAUUUGCGAAUUCUCUUCAAUAUUUGGAUCAGCCGAUAAAACAAUGGAAAGAGAACUUCUGAAAAUAUUUUUCGAGUACACAUCUUUAAGAAAUGUAGAAUACGAGUCGAAAGAAGAUUUGAUCUACCAUCAAGCUCAGAAAAUAGGAGAAGAGAUGAAUAUUCCUUUCUGUGUCGAAAAAUAUCCGAAAUGUCAUUUUUCUUUGAUCGAUGUACUAACCGGUAGAAAUAGUGUUGAAAAUUUGCUUGAAUAUAUGAGAUGAAA